CGGAUCGGCUGGGGGGAGUGGAACUGAUUGCGAGCAGGUGCCCGCGAUCAGGUCCAAUCAGGGAUUGUGUAUUUAUGUGCCUGCUUUGUUUGUAGUAGGAGAACCGGGGAGCAGAGAGAGAGAGAAAGAGAGCGCAGAUUGCCGAACGCUGUAUGCUAAAUGCUGAAUGCUGAACGAGAGGACUCUCCCGCACUGUGUUGAUUUAUAGUUUCAAGCCUCGGUUCUGUUUUACUUUUGUUAGAAUAAACAAGCUCCCAGUGAGUGACGACGAACUUUGGUCUCCGCGCGCUCAAUGACCUGUUACAGUGGAGCCAAAUGUGGGGCGGGCGCAGACAUGGACCAGUCACCGCUGGGAAGCGUGCUCGGACACCUGGCCCAGAUGGCGGAACGGCAGGGCCAACUCCAGCAGACGCAGAGCGAGGUGCUCACAGAGCUGGCCCAGUCCUUGGCGGCCCAGUCCUUGGCGGCCGAUCGGGCCGUCCUACGGGAGCUCCUUGCCUCCGGAGGACGCGGCGAGGGACCCAGGGGAGCGGGACCCGUGGCCAACAUCCACGUCCCAAAGAUGGGGGAGGCGGAUGAUGCGGAGGCCUUCCUGGAGAAUUUUCAGGCGGUGGCCGAGGUCUCCGGUUGGCCUCGUCAGGAGUGGGCUCACCGUCUCCUGCCGCUCCUGACGGGGGAGGCCCAGCUUGCAAACCACAGUCUGCCGGCCGGGGCCCAGCAGGACUAUGGGACCAUCGCCAGGGCCAUCCAGGACCGGCUUGGCCUCUACCCGGAAGAACAUCGUCGCCGGUUCCGGAUGCUGGCGUUCACCGAGGGGGACCGUCCUUUCGCCUUUGCCCAGCAGCUGCGGGACCAGGCGAGGUGGUGUCUGGUUCCGGACCAGAACUCGGCAGAGAACGUGGUGGAGCAGGUGGCCCUGGAGAGGUUUGUUGAGGGGCUUCCGGCUAGGACCUCCGCCUGGGUCCGGUGCCACCGGCCCGAAAGCCUCUCCGCUGCGGUCGACCUGGCAGAGAGCCACCUGCAGCCACCACCAACGGCUCAGCGACCACCAACACCGGUCCCACGCACCAAGCCCGGCACCGAGGGCGAGGGGGUCCCCGUUCCGGAACGGGCACAUGAAUCACCUCCCACCCCCACUCCGCAGACGGGCGAUCAGACGGCAGGGGAGGGGUGUUGGAGGUGCGGGCGGCCUGGUCACUUCCGGCGGGAUUGCCCUCUAAUAGAGGUGGGCCAGGUCGUCCGUGUCACCGGUGCCCCGUCUCCUCCCCACGGCCCCGGCGAGGCGUCCCGUAUCCCUGUGAGGAUGGACACAGGGGGGUACGCACCAGGCGCUGUUGGACUCAGGUUGCAUGCAGACCAUGAUCCACCAGCGUCUGGUGCUGUCCGAGGCAUUGGUGGAGGCGUCAAGCGUUUUGGUGAGGUGUAUACACGGGGAUGUGCACAAGUAUCCUUUGGUCCCUAUCGAAAUUCGUUGUGGGGGGAAAAAGCAUAGUGUUAAGGCGGCGGUUAGUUCGAGCCUCACGCAUCCCCUGAUUCUUGGGUUGGAUUGGGCGGGGUUUCUACAGGCUGUUAGGGGGACGAUGGGGGUGCGGACACGACCGGUAGGGACAUGUAAGUCGUUUGCUGUGUUCUGCACCGAGGCGGGUGCGGCCAACGCUGCUCAGGGAUCGGGCGAGGCGGGGGAACCCCAACCCGAGGUCCCAGCGCCGAGGUUCCCACCGGUGGAGGAUUUCCCCCUCGAGCAGUCUCCUGACACCACACUGAGCUCAGCCUGCAACCAAGUGAUAGCUCUUGAUGGGAGUAAGGUCCGGCCAGACACAGCGCUGACACAGCGGCGGGCCAUUUAGGGUACGAAAAAACGGUUAAUCAGAUAAUGGCCCGGUUCUAUUGGCCGGGGAUUCGGGCGGAGGUGCGCAGAUGGUGCGCAUCCUGCCCCAAGUGCCAAUUGGUUAAUCCCCCAGCCGUCCCCAGGGCUCCCUUACGGCCCCUUCCCCUGGUCGAAGCCCGUUUCGAUCGCAUCUGCUUGGACAUUAUCGGGCCAUUAGAACGUUCCGCACACGGCUAUCGAUUUGUGUUAGUCCUGAUAGACUACGCAACCCGGUACCCGGAAGCAAUUCCGUUGCGCAACAUCUCUGCGAAGAGUGUUGCGCAGGCGUUGUUUCAUGUCAUAUCGCGGGUGGGAAUCCCGAAGGAGAUUCUCACUGACCAGGGCACCAAUUUCAUGUCACGCACGAUUAGGGAACUUGACGGGUUAUUGAAGGUCAAGUCCAUUCGCACAAGCGUCUAUCACCCAGCCACGGACGGCUUGUGUGAGAGGUUUAGCCGGACGUUAAAGUCCAUGAUCCGUUAAUUCAUACACAAGGAUGCUCGGAAUUGGCAUCAAUGGCUGGACCCUCUGUUGUUUGCAGUGCGGGAAGUGCACCAGGCUUCCACAGGGUUUUCCCAAUUUGAGUUGCUUUAUGGGCGCAAGCCCUGGGGCGUCCUGGACCUCAUUAAAGAAAACUUGGAGGAGGGGUCCAGUGACGGCAAGAACGAAAUCCAGUACGUCAUGGACUUGCGUGCAAAGCUUCACUCACUAGGGGUAUUGUCACGUGAGCACUUUAACCGAGCCCAGGAGAGUCAGAGACGCCUGUACGACAGAGGGACUAGAUGACGCGAUCUCACCCUGGGGGAUAAGGUCCUUGUACUAUUGCCCACCUCUAGCACCAAAUUACUCGCGAAGUGGCAAGGGCCCUUUGUGGUCACACGGCGGGUCGGGGACGUGGAUUACGAGGUAGCGCAUUCGGCAGGGGGAAAACAAGCACACACUUCAACCGCCUAAAGAGGUGGAACGAUGCAGUCCCUGUUGCAUUUGCGUCGACGUUACCGGAGAGGGAAGAGCUCGGGCCGGACGUCCCUAGCCCAGGCCCCACCCCCCCGGUCGGUCAGGGCGAGGGACUCUCAGGGAAUCAGGCACGGGACGUUGCCGGACUGCAACUCCGGUUCACCGACGUCUUUUCCCCCCUGCCCGAUCGCACCCCGCUAAUUACUCACAACAUCGAGACGCAGCCCGGUUUAACGGUGCGGACACGCCCCUACAGGCUGCCCGCCCACAAACAAGAUGUCGUGCGGCGCGAAUUGGCAACCAUGUUGGAGUUGGGCGUGGUCGAGGAGUCUCACAGUGACUGGUGCAGUCCCGUCGUGCUUGUGGGGAAGCCGGACUGUCCGUUUCUGUGUAGACUACCAUAGGGUGAAUGCGGUGUCGAAGUUUGACGCCUACCCAAUGCCUCGGAUCGACGAGCUCAUGGACCGGCUUGGCAUGUUCACCUAUUUUACGACUCUGGACUGUACGAAGGGCUACUGGCAGAUUCCACUGUCUCUAGCAGCCCGGGAAAUAACAGCAUUCUCCACUCCGCUCGGUCUUUACCAGUUUAAGGUGCUUCCGAACGGGUUGCUCGGGGCCCCGGCCACGUUUCAGCGGCUGAUGGACCGCAUAUUCUGCUGCCUACAUUGAUGACUAACCCUAGUGGAAUGUGGGAGCAGCAUAUGCGGCAGGUGGCGGCCGUUCUUCAAUCGCUGAGACGCGCGGGGCUCACGGCCAACCCGAGGAAGGGCGUGAUCGGGCGGAGGGAGAUCCAAGAAAGAGGUGAGGCGGUUCCUGGGGCUGGCAGGGUACUACCGGCAGUUUGUACCCCACUUCUCCGACCUGGCCAGCCCCUUGACCGACCUCACCCGUAAGAGGGCCCCAGAUACAGUCCAGUGGUCGGAGCCAUGUCAGGUGUCGUUUGAGGCUAUUAAAACUGCCCUCUGUGGAAAGUCGGUCCUGUGCGCUCCUAACUUUGAUAUCCCUUUCUCCCUGCAGACGGACGCGUCGGAUAGGGGGUUGGGCGCGGUCCUGAUCCAGCAGUUGGAGGGGGUUGACCGCCCGGUGCUGUACCUGAGACGUAAAUUAUCGGACCGGGAGGGUCGGUACAGCACGAUGGAGAAGGAGUGUCUCGCCAUCCGGUGGGCGGUCGGCGCCCUCCGCUACUACCUGCUGGGGAGCGUGUUCACCCUCUACUCCGACCACGCCCCCCUCCAGUGGCUCCACCGCAUGAAGGACGUCAACGCGAGGAUCACCCGGUGUAGGAGAACCGGGGAGCCGAGAGAGAGAGAGAAAGAGAGCGCAGAUCACGGAACGCUGAAUGCUAAACGAGAGGACUCUCCAGCACUGCGUUGAUUUAUAGUUUCAAGCCUCUGUUCUGCUCCCAGU